GGGAUUUGUUCCAAAUAACUUGCAUAUUUGAGGAAAAAUAAAUCUGUUAAUGAACAAAUUCACAUACAUGCUUAUUUCUCAAAACUCCUCCCCAAUCUGCAGGGCAAUAUAUCCUCAGCUUUGCCGAAUUAUUUUGGCCAAAGCACAGCAUAACCCAGAUACCACUCCCCUUCCAUUCAACAGUGCUGUACCCCCAUAUCCUGAGGUUUAUUUUUGCCUCGGUGGCCUUUGGUUGCAUGGCAGAAGCACGCGUUUCCCCCAACUCUCCUAUCUGUUCUUGACCUCUGUUCCCAGCUUCCUGGUUCCUUCUUUUCCAACUAUCUCCUAUAAGAAUAACUCAGAACAUACAUACUAGAUCUGAAAUUCACAUGGUUGAGGGACAGUAAAAAAGUGAGUCUACAAAAAAAAAGUGAGUCUACAUCUGGCAGAAGUCAGGGUUGGGGAGGAACGGCUGUGGCACAGUUGGUGACCAUCAGGCUUGCGAAGGGGGCAGUGGAACUUACUGAACAUCCUGUUCUUUGUGGGAUCCUGCAGAUUCCCAGCGAAGCCAAUUCCUUCAUGCAACCGAGGACGGGUGCACCUGCAGAAAGUCUGCUUAAGAUGCGUGAAUGCAGUUAAACCAGAAGGCCAGUGCUCAGUGAGAAUGAAAAAGCUGUUGAACUGAGCAUGGUCAGGUCAUUCCGAGUCUUCCCCAUUAAUACUUAUGUGAAAGCUUUUGCUUGGUUAUGAACACCGCAAGUGCUGGGAGACAGAACAAUAGCCAAGUCCUCCAAGGUUUAGCAAACACUAAGGCAAAAAGUUUAAGGUUUGGAAAAGUCUAUUAACUUCUGCUUGCCAAUUAAUAAAACCGUGAUGAUUUUGUUUUAGCGGCACAAUAUCUCGUUCUGGUUGCUAACCACCAGUUUUUAUAGUCAGAUAAUUUCACAACCACUAAUGCGAUGAGUCAGGAGAUCUGGGUUCAGCUCCCAGCCUGGCCACUUGCUGUGCUCUUGGGAAAACCACUGGACCUUGCCAAGCCAAUGGUUCCCACAUUUCUAAAAUAACAGCAACAAUAAUAAUGAGAAUGGGAAUCAUUAUGGAGCUUUGGUUUAGUGUGUUUCAGGCACGGUUCUAAAGUCUUUCCCGCUCAUUUACUCUUCAUCACAUCCCUAGGAAGUAAGCACUGAAAUGAUCUCUUUACAGAGGGGGAAAUCAAGGCAGAGACGAAGUAACGUGCCUCACAAGCACCCAGCUGAUGCUCGGUGACUGCAGAUUCAAACCCAAGCAUUCUGACUCUGAAGAAUAGAGACCCUACCCACUGAUAGCACUUGGGAGUGAGCGGGCAUGGGGGCCAGAACCGGGCGCUACGACCGGCAGCAGGCGCAGAAGUCAGCCGUCCAGGGGCCCAGACCAUCCGGCCCCACCCAGAAGGGCCCUUCGCCAAGACCUCCGCUGCCCCCAGCUCCGGCCUCGGCGGCGCCCGCCGGGGAAAGGACGCUGGGCUGGGUGGCCCUGGCGUCCCGGGCCUGUCCGGGAGUGCAGGGCAUGUGCUCACGAGCGGAGCCGCUGCACGGAAGGCCGGAGCCCGCGGGGAGGCUGGCCGCUGCGCGGGGCCCACGGGGUCGCUCUCAGCUGGGGCUCAUUGUCUCUGAAAGAGGGCGGCUCAGCCUGGGGACCGGAUCGCUCUCCGUCCAGACCCACGGCUCCGGGAAAACCCGGUCCCCAGGGCUUGGCGCGGGCCUAAGGACCAAAGCUACGGAAGAGACUUGCCCCUACGGUCAUUACAGCUUAGAUUGCAAGAAAUAGUUAAAACAUG